GGAGACAUUUGUGAAAAAUAUAAAUCAGUUUCAUUUCAUUGGUACAGCUUAAUUAUCAACAUUAUAUUCAUUAUUAUUACCAUUAUGUUUGUCCUUGUAGUAAUUGUCACCUAAUUCAUAACUAUUAAUAUUACUUCAGAUUUUGUGGUUGCUGCACAAGUUGCAGUUAGCCUUUAACUGUUCUAAAUUGUUUAUGUUCUGUAGUACAUGUAUAUCCUUUCGUUUUUACAGUUGAAAAAUCAUUUAUUAUUAUUAUUAUUAUUAUUAUUAUUAUUAUUAUUAUUAUUAUUAUUAUUAAUUAGUUGUGAUAUAUUAAUCACAAUAAUGUUUGAAGAUUUGUCUCCAGUACUUGACGGAUUAAUGACUAAAGAGCAAUGGUUAAAUAAGCCAAUGGAUUUAGUUGAUAAAAUUGAAGGAACGAUUUUAGAUUACAAUUCCGAUUUCGAGCGCUUGAAGCAAAACUGCUGCACAUACGUAAUCGUGCAAACUCAGCAGAGAAUAUUACGAUUUUAUUUUGAAUCAAUGAUGAAGAAGAAGAUUGUACUCAAGAAGAAAGAAAAUCGUGAAAAAGCUGCUUCAUUUAUUCGUGAAGAAAGCGAAAAACUCGGAACUCUUUAUGAGACUGUCGCAUGCAACAACACCAAAAUAUACAAAGAUAUUGAAGCAAUUUGCUGAACUGAUUUCAUCAAAUUUGGACACCGUGCCAUUCAUAAUUGGAGGGUUAUCCACUAAUUAUCCUGAAGUGAAGUUCCACCAUGUGGUGGCAGUCCUUGCCAUGAGAGGAGACCUGAACAAGACGAGUGUUCAAAAGCUAAUGGAAAGGACUCCGCUGACAAUAGAGUCAGGCGAUCAAGACAGAGAAAUGUCACCAACAAGAGAUUCGAAAUCAAUUUUAUCUCAAAUAUCAGUCCACAAUCCAUACACUUUGUUUUAAUAAGUACAACAACAACAACAACAUUAAUAAUAAUAAUAUUAUUAUUAUUAUUAUAAAUUACGUAGACGUUUUUAGUAGAUCUAGUAUCCCUAUAUCUGUCAUAAUGUUUUAAUAUAUGUUAGUAAUCUUUAUCGUCUAAUCUUUUAAAGAGACCACCCCAGCACGACCAAAGCUGCUGACACCAUUACUGGAGCUACUGGUUGAAGAUUGGGGAGAAGUUCUCUCCUUUACUGGAGAAGAAGGUUCGUGGAAGGGAACACUCUCUCGUUGAGGCUCCUCAUUCUUUACAUUGUCUUCCUCUCUCUUGGGACUGUCUCUUUCUUCUACUUCAGGACUCUCUCUUUCUCCGUCUCUCUCGUCUAACUUGAGUAUACAUAUAUCAUUAGGAGCUGUUAAUCCAGAGAAAUCGUCCAUCAUGGAAUAGGCGUGGUGUAAAAGACAUCACGUGAUCAACACCCACGCGCAUCUAUGAGCCCCGCCCUUCUUUCCGCUUGCAGCAGCUCAGUUGCAAGGAAAUGGGCAUAUCUUUGGAGCUGGUAAAAUGCAGAGAGGGAGAGAAAGUAAACGAGAUACUCAUAUGCUCCAAAUGUUGCCAGUUAUUAGAAGACCCAGUCCCUCUAGUCUGUGGCCACUAUGCUUGCACUAAGUGCAUUGAAGAAUCAAAAGAUAAAAGCAAAAAAGGAUUGUGCCAGAAAUGCUACAAGCAGCUGAAACGUGAGCCUGCUAGCGAGAUUGCAGGUGAAGUGAAGAAUGGAUUGGAAUCCAUGUCAAUCCAGUGUAGCCUAGGAUGCAGUAAAGUACUCAAUGGAAGUCGCCAGUUUCAGUAUCACAUUUCUAGUGAAUGCCAAUGGAGAUUAGUCCAGUGUCCCAAUAAAGGAUGCCAAGAGUAUGUAGCUGUUAAAGAUACUAAUGAGCAUUAUCAAGCAUGUCCCUAUGGACUAACACAAUGUACAGUCUGCAACGCCAUAGUUAGUAAAAGAGACAUGGCUGCUCACCAAGCCGUGAAGAGAUGCUUUGAGAAAUCGAUUAAAAGAGAGAGAGUCCAAUCGGCAAGGAAGCUCAGCGAGGAAUUAAGAUACCAUCGUGACAUGAUGUUGAAGCAAAGGCAUUUAACCGACCAAAAUGAAAGGCAUUUAAUAAAGGAGCACUACACUCAGCAGAAAGAGGACCCGAAUGCCAGCAGGAGGUCAAUCCAAGCAAGGAUAGGGAGUGCAUUGGUGGUUAGCGAUAAUUACUCAAGAAGAAAAGUCUCACGAUCUUUGUCUUGUGGAACUUGCGAGGGUCACUUUUUGUCGGGAAGAAGACCGAGUGCCAGAAGACAUUCGACAGCUAAACCAUGUGACAAUUGUCAACACUGGAGAAGAUGGAGUGGACCAAGGGGAUGGCCCAGCACAAUCAUUUAGUUA